UAAAGUAUUUAAGUAGCCUUUUAUUUCUCAGUGUUUUGGCAAUAUGCCCGGGUGACUCCACAACGAGAACGCGUCAGUUCCCAGAAUAGAAGUCUCAUUUCAGCGCAGGACUUGAAACACGCUCUCUCCCUCCGCAGUCUAUGCAGCCUAGAAACGGUGUCGGCGGUGAACUUUGAUUGGGAAUUAAAUAAUCUGUUCUUUUCUACCUGCAGAACAACCUCAUGUGCUUUCAUUAGUCGGCGCUCUUCUCCGUCGUGGCCCUCCUCCGCAUGCUUCCACCUCAAAGCCGUCUCACCUGUUGACGCCGACUCACGCUGACGCCGUCUCUGUUUGUUCCUGGGAGGGAUUCGAUCAAACCAUGCGAAGAUAAAAACCAACCCGAAAAGAGGACGUAAAGCGACCCGUGAGCCUUUAAGCAAACAGCUGUGGCGAGACUGGGGGAACUUUUAGGCGACCUGUGCGUCUGAAAGUGAAACGGUUUCAAAAGUUCGCCGAAGUGACGCGUCGCUGUACAGUUCCUUCACCUUUCACUUCUGAUGUUUUUUUAGCCACUAUGCUAUAAAUUAGAAGAUCCUCUCGUCUUAUUUGUUGAAUUUGGAGCACGUUUUACAGCCUCCAGAAAUGCCCCAACAUAACAUGGAAAACUCCAGGAGCCAGUGGCAGCAGGGUCUGCGGUCGCCGUGGAUCAGCAGAGUGGUUGGGGGGCCGAGUCCCGCCUCCUCGGGGGCAGAGUCAGACACGGAGAGUAGCAGCACAGAGAGCGAGAAGUCGUGCAUUAAAAAGCUGGAGGUGGGUUCACUGAGGGGCCUGUCAUCGCCCUCCAUGCUGCAACAGAGGAUCACAGAAAUUGACCAACAAAAAGAAGAACUGAAGAUUGAGCUGCAGCUGGAGAUCGCCCUGCUGCAGGGAGAGCUGCAGACGGAGAAGAGCCAGCUGCUCAAACAGACGCAGAAGCUGCAGGCUCUAGAGCAGGAGGCCAGACACAGAGAGAAGCCCAAACACACCGACAGACUGAAGGAGCGAGAGAGACUGGAAGAGGAGAGACGCAGGGUGGGGGAGCUGAAGAGGAGGUGUGAAGAGAAAGAGAAAAUGAUCCCAAGUCAGCCAGAAAGUCAGAGAGAGCAGCUUACACUGCAGCUGCAGCAGGAGAAAGAGGCGAUGGAGGCGGCGACUCGGGCUUUCGAGGACUGGGAGUUCCGUGUUCUGGAGCAAGAGAGCGGCAUCGAGGAGGCGGAGGAUGAAGAAGAAGAGGAUGAAGAGGAGGAGGGCGAGAGCACGACAGACAAAGAAAAGGAGGGAGAGAGUGAGGGAGAGAUGGAGAAGGAAAUCUCAUGUCAGCAGCAUGUGGUCAACACUGCUCAGGAGCGGGUCCAGCAGUUGGAGCGACAGCUGAAGGAGAUGGAGAAGGAGAAGGAGAAGGAGCUGAACGCCUUGAAGAAAGAGAAGAGAGAACUCAUCCACACAACUCAGACGGUUCUCAAAGAGAAGAAGCCGCUCACUGAUUGGUCAAACAUCACUGGCUCGGCUCCCUGCAUGAUGUCACUUUCGCCGAUGAGCGUUCACAAGCCUCCGCAGGAACCAUGCAAAGAAUCCACCAGUUUGCCCAGAAGACGGAGCUCCCAUCGCAACAAGCUCACUGACAGGCCGGUCUCAGCGCAGGGGUUUGUGAGGACACUUCCAGACAACAAGUCCCCGCAGGCUUUCACUUCCCCCCUCGUCUCCCAUAGACUCAGCAACGGGGAUAGCGGUGCUCACAGACCUGGGACCAGCAACGGCGGCGGGUUCCUCACCCCGUGCAACAGCGCAACAAGCUCUCGUGCUGCCAGCCCGUGCCUUUCAGAUCUUGUGGAGAUUGAAAAGAAACUGAGGGAAGCCAAGGUGGAGAAGGAGAGGCUACUCAGAGAGAGGGAGGAACGACGAAGGUUGCUUUUGGAGGAAAGAAGACAAAGAGAGAUAAGCUCUCCCAAAGCAGAACCUCUAGAGCCAGAGCCAGAGCCGUCGCAAAGGCUGGAGCCAGAACCAGAGGAUCAGCCAAAGGCCAGUUAUUCUCCGCAUUCACCUGAGCGCAGCCUGCCCCUCUUCCUGUCUCCGAACUUUGACCUGCGGGCCCACGUGGAGUCCCUGGGUCACGGGGUGGCCGGCUGCCAUGACCUGCGGCUGACGCCUCGACGCUGCGCGGGCUUCCUCACGAAACGAGGGGGGAGGGUCAAGACCUGGAAGAAGAGAUGGUUUCUGUUUGACAUGGACCACAGACGCCUCGCCUACUAUACAGACUGUGACGAGAGGAAGCUAAAAGGAGUCAUCUACUUCCAGGCCAUAGAAGAGGUUUAUUAUGACCACCUACGAACAGCAGCCUCUUCUCCACGGCCCAGUCUGACGUUCUGCGUGAAGACAUAUGACCGUCUUUUCUUUCUGGUGGCUAGCAACGCGGUGUCCAUGCGAAUCUGGAUGGAUGUUAUUGUCACGGCAACGGACGAGCACAGCCGAUAUUGACCUCAUUCACACAUGACUCUAAAAUCCAUGACUGAAGCUACUGAGCAGGCGGCGCAGUGACUUAUUUCCUCCUGCCUGCUGUGUGAAGGAGCUUGGUUGGCCGAGCAUCCCCCUCACAGGCUCAUUCUGUACGCGGACUUGCGCGGGUACAGAGUUUAAAACGCCGAUGUGCCGAACAGAUGUGUUCAAACACAGCAAAACAAGCUGUUACUGAGAGUGAUGGCAGCAGAGGUUCGCCAGGUGCAAGCCUCGAGCACUGCCUGCACACUGGAGAGCUGUUACCAGGCGGGUCCACUCCCUGAGCCUGACCUCCCCCUGCUGGCCAGAGUCCAGCAUUACAGGAAAAUACACUACGACAGCGGGUGGACACAACACAGUGCCGUGCAGUCCAGUGUUGGCAUUAUUAUGUCCACAUUCUUUGUCUGUGUUUUGUACGUUCAAGAUUAUUUAUUAUGGAAAUUUAUAUGGGGUUGGAUUUUGCAAAUGAAGACAUACACUGUUGCACUAUUAAAAAUUUAUUGAUAAAA